UUUCCCUUCGGACUUAACCCUCACUCUGUGACGCUGUACUCAGAACCCUUCCUUCCAAAAUUAUUCAGCGGCUUCCUCCAUUCCUGCCGGCGACUGAGGCGACGGCGGUGAACUCUCAGACGACUGAGGCGACGGCCGCGAACUUCCAGACGACGGAGGCGACGGCACCCACCAUAAGACCGUCUUCCACUUUCUUUCUGUGGCUCGCAGCAGCCAAAGAAUCGGCACCCGACUGAAAAAUACCUCCCCUUCCGGUUCUGUCUCACGCCCCCUCUCUCUCCCAUACUUCUCUCACAACCCCAUCUCUUUUUUGCUCAAAAUUUUAGUCCUUAAGUAUUUCCAGGUAUUCGAAAUUUCGCAAAAUCAAUUGGAUUCGGAUUUUGAAGAAAGAGGAGAGAAGAAGUAGGGAUUUAGUUCGGAGAAUAAAGCUGCAUAAAUUUCUGGAUUUUUACAAUCCUCGGUUCCUCUGUUUUAUUUGAUCGCUGUCUUCUGUAAGGUUCACCACUGUCUUUGUUUUUUGAGGCUCAAAGAAUGUGUUUUUGUUGGAACCAUUAGACUUGAAGAACAUCCCAAAUGUUCUACCUUAGCCGAAUCGAGCACACAUUACGUGUGCCUCCGAGCAUGCUUCACCUACCUAUCCUUGAUGCUAUUAAGGGUGAGCUGGAGAAACUAUUCUUGGAUAAGGUGGUUGCAAACUUGGGGCUUUGUAUUUCUGUCUAUGACAUAAGAUCAGUUGAUGGGGGCUUUAUCUUUCCCAGUGAUGGCGCUGCAACAUAUAAGGUCGUAUUCACAUUGAUCGUGUUUCGUCCAUACGUGGGGGAGAUAAUUAUUGGAAAAGUUAAAGAAUCAGAUGCAAAUGGUUUGCGAAUAUCGCUUGGAUUUUUUGAGGACAUUUAUGUUCCCAUCCAUCUUUUGCCCACUCCAUCUGAAUUCAAGCCUGAUUCAAAAAAUGGUGGAAAACGUAGAUGGGUUUGGGACUAUGAUGGUCAACCAUACGAUAUCUAUGAAACUGACGAGAUAAAAUUUCGAAUACAUAAUAUAGAGUAUCCAGCAAUUCCAGUGGAGCAGCCGAAAGAAAGUAAUGAAAAGUUCCUAACGGAGGAGCAGCAGCCUAAAGAGAGUACUAGUAAUGUAAAAGCCUUCGCUCCCAUGAUUGUUACUGGGACAAUUGAUUAUGAUGGAUUAGGCCCUGUUUCAUGGUGGGAUGGUUCGGGAGAUGUCGAUCCCGAGGCUGAGGUCGGGGCCGAAGAAGAUUCCUAAGGUCAACAUUCCCAUUUUGUUAGAAAUACAAAUUGGUAUUCAUUCAUUCAUAACUAUGUAUUUUAUAUCGUUAUCACUAGGCUUAAGCAUAGGGAUGAUAGUACUCAUAUCUCAAAUUCAUUUUAUAACUAAAUACAAGUAUUUUCUACCAUUUUUUAAGACUCUUCUUUAUUCUCUAAAUCACCUGUAUACUCUCAUUCCUAG